CACGCACACACACACACACACGCGCACGCUCUCUCUCACACACACACACAAACAUUCUUCUCUUCCUCAGGUGAAGAAGGCUAAACGUGAUUGAUUGGCUGGCGAAGUGGUCUUUCCCCUGUUAUCCAACUGCAGGGUCAUACGAUCUCAUAUUAUAACUACUGCACUACUACACACAUAAAUCCAAACCAUUUCAUAGGCCAACACUUUUUUGCUUCAAUGCACCCAUUCAAAAUUCCUAUGCAAAGCCAUGAUGACACAGUAAUGGACACAGUUGUUGGAAAAUACUCUUAAAUCUGCCAUAGUCUCUUGCAGGACAUAAACCAUUCAUAAAUCUAUGAGCCUACUUAAUAAACGAGUUGGUCUAUCGUAAAGGAAGGCAGAUAUGCAUUGAUUCGGUCGCUGUCCUGCAUGUGAUGGGUUUUGUUCUCAUCAAAUACAGAUAUUACAGGUGACAAUUCAGUAUAUCAUCAUGGGCUAUGGAAAUAACUCUCAUGACUAUGCAUAGCCAUAAAACAUCAUGGACUGCUUAGAUUUAUGGAAUAGGAUGAGAAAUAAAGGGUAAAUGCAAUCACAUUAUCUACAUAGACCAUUUAUCACUGACAUUAAUUUGAUUAAAUACACCUAUCAGGUGAAACUGUGAAUGCAGUACUUUCUGUGGACCACUAGUCGCUGCUCUUUCACUUCAGUAUGAGCGCAAGGCAACACAGGGGGCUUUUCAGUAGUUUGAAAAUGUUAGUAGGACUCUGAGCGGGUCCUCUGCUGGGAUUGGUUUGAGAUCCACUAUCUUCUUUCCGUGAUUGGCCAAGAGGUGUUCAAGGGGUGUGAGAAGUGGAGGGGAGGGGGCCCAAGGUCUUUCUCGCAUCCGGCUUCACCUAUUCCCUUCGUGCCACAAGCCUCCAAGUAUUAGGUUUUCAUACACUGCGUACAGUACGGUUUGAAAUGUGACUCAAAAUAAGCACUGGUGGAAUACUAUUCUGUGACAGCUGAAGGACUUGUGUUUACACCUUUUUGAAAGGGAGAGGAAAGGCAGACCACCUUUGCCAUGCCAGUGGAUUUGUUUGCGAUUUUAUGCGUGAUUGCUACGGUUUACGCAGUGGAAGAGACAGUGAUGGACACGCGGACGGCAACAGCAGAGCUGGGUUGGAUAGCGUAUCCUGCCUCUGGGUGGGAGGAGGUGAGUGGUUACGACGAGAACCUCAACACCAUCAGGACCUACCAGGUGUGUAACGUGUUCGAGCCCAGCCAGAACAACUGGCUCCUUACCACCUACAUCGACAGACGAGGGGCUCAGCGUGUCUAUGUGGAAAUGCGUUUCACUGUCCGUGAUUGCAGCUCCAUCCCCAGUGUCCCUGGCUCAUGUAAGGAGACCUUCAACCUCUACUACUACGAGACGGACUCGGUCAUCGCCACCACCAAGGGAACCGCCUUUUGGAUGGAAGCCCCCUACCUGAAGGUGGACACCAUUGCGGCUGACGAGAGCUUCUCCCAGGUGGACUUCGGUGGACGAUUGAUGAAGGUCAACACGGAGGUGCGGAGCUUCGGCCCACUGUCUCAUAAUGGUUUCUACCUGGCCUUCCAGGACUAUGGGGCCUGCAUGUCUCUGCUGUCCGUACGUGUCUUCCAUAAGAAGUGCCCCAGCGUGGUGCAGAACUUUGCCAACUUCCCCGAGACCAUGACAGGCGCCGAGAGCACCUCCUUGGUCAUUGCCAGAGGCACGUGCAUCGCUAACUCAGAGGAGGUGGAUUUUCCCAUCAAGCUGUACUGCAAUGGAGAUGGGGAGUGGAUGGUUCCCAUCGGGAGCUGCACCUGCAAGGCUGGCUUUGAGCCAGACAACGGCAACGUCUGUAGAGCGUGUCCCCAAGGGACGUUCAAGUCCACCCAGGGGCCAGGGCUGUGUCUGCAGUGCCCUCCCAACAGCCGCUCCACUGUGGAGGCUGCCACCAUCUGCGGCUGCCGUAACGGAUACUACAGAGGAGACAUGGACCUGCCCGAGGCCUCCUGCACCAGUGUCCCCUCUGGUCCCAGAAACGUCAUCUCCAUCGUCAACGAGACCUCGGUGAUCCUGGAGUGGCAUCCUCCAAGGGAGACUGGCGCCCGUGAUGACGUCACCUACAACAUCGUGUGCAGGAAGUGUCGUGCAGACCGGCCAUCAUGCUCCCAUUGUGAUGACAACGUGGAGUAUGUACCCAGGCAGCAGGGUUUGACCGAGACCAGGGUGUUUAUCAGUAACCUGUGGGCCCACACCCCCUACACCUUCGAGAUACACGCUUUCAAUGGAGUCACCAACAAGAGUCCCUACCCUGCUCAGCACGUGUCCAUCAACAUCACCACUAACCAGGCUGCUCCCUCCAUGGUUCCCAUCAUGCACCAGGUUAGCUCCACCAUGAAGAGCUUCACGUUGUCAUGGCCACAGCCAGAGCAGCCCAAUGGAAUCAUCCUGGACUAUGAACUGAGGUACUACGAGAAGGACCACACUGAGUUGAAUUCGACCAUGGUGCGCAGCCAGACCAACACUGCCCGUGUGGAGGGCCUGAGGCCAGGCAUCAUGUACAUGGUACAGGUCCGUGCCAGGACGGUGGCAGGCUUCGGCAAAUACAGCAGCAAGCAGUUCUUCCAAACCCUGACAGAUGAUGAGUAUAAAUCAGAGCUAAGGGAGCAGCUGCCUCUGAUUGCAGGCUCAGCGGCUGCAGGAGUGGUCUUCCUGGUGUCCUUGGUGGCCAUCUCCAUCGUCUGCAGCAGGAAGAGAGCGUACAUGAAGGAGACUAUAUACAGCGACAAACUGCAGCACUGCAGUACAGGCAGAGGCUCGCCAGCGAUGAAGAUCUACAUCGAUCCCUUCACCUACGAGGACCCCAACGAAGCCGUCCGAGAAUUUGCCAAAGAGAUAGACGUAUCCUGUGUGAAGAUUGAGGAGGUCAUUGGUGCAGGCGAGUUUGGAGAGGUGUAUAAGGGUCGCCUGAAACCGUCUGGGAAGAGGGAGCUGUACGUGGCCAUUAAGACCCUGAAGGCGGGCUACGUGGAGAAGCAGAGAAGAGACUUCUUGUCUGAGGCCAGCAUCAUGGGCCAGUUUGACCACCCCAACAUCAUCAGACUGGAGGGCGUGGUCACCAAGAGUCGGCCAGUCAUGAUUAUCACAGAGUUUAUGGAGAAUGGGGCCCUGGACUCCUUCCUGAGGCAAAAUGACGGGCAGUUCACGGUGAUCCAGCUGGUGGGGAUGAUGCGUGGCAUCGCGGCGGGCAUGAAGUACCUGGCAGAGAUGAACUACGUCCACAGAGACCUGGCCGCCCGCAACAUCCUGGUCAACAGCAACCUGGUGUGUAAGGUGUCUGACUUUGGCCUGUCCCGUUACCUACAGGACGACACAUCAGACCCCAUCUAUACCAGCUCCCUGGGCGGGAAGAUCCCGGUGAGGUGGACAGCCCCUGAGGCUAUUGCCUACAGGAAGUUCACCUCAGCCAGUGACGUGUGGAGCUAUGGCAUCGUCAUGUGGGAGGUGAUGUCAUUUGGUGAGCGGCCAUACUGGGACAUGAGUAACCAGGACGUGAUCAAUGCCAUAGAGCAAGACUACCGUCUGCCCCCUCCCAUGGACUGCCCCACAGCACUACACCAGCUGAUGCUGGACUGCUGGCAGAAAGACAGAAACGCCCGGCCCAAAUUCACUGACAUCGUCAACACACUGGACAAGAUGAUCCGCAACCCUAUCAGCCUCAAAGCUGUGGCCACCAUCACUGCAGUGCCUUCUCAGCCCCUGCUAGACCGCUCCAUUCCAGACUUCACCACCUUCACCUCUGUGGAGGACUGGCUAGGUGCCAUCAAGAUGGGGCAGUACAGAGACACUUUCCUGGGCUCUGGCUUCACCUCCCUACCCCUGGUGGCUCAGAUCAGCUCAGAAGACCUGUUGAGGAUAGGAGUGACCCUGGCCGGCCAUCAGAAGAAGAUCCUGAGCAGUGUCCAGUCUAUGAGGGACCAGAUGGCCCAGUCCCCCACCACCAUGGCCUGACCACAGGGUGCGCCACCACCACCCAGAGACAACCCACCAGGGAGCCCAUAGGAAAACUCCUGAUGACCCUAAAGAAUACACCAGGGUGGAGACACUAACCUGAUUUAAAGAAAGACCAUGUGGCACAUACAUAACAGCAUGCCCGCUCCCAACACACACUCUCCACACCUAGGUAAAGAGAGUUAACCGAAGAUACAAAGGGGUAGAAGAUAAGAUUCUUCAUGACAACUUCAAUGGUUCAGUUAAGGUAGUCUAUAAAGUUGGCUUCUUUUUUUGCUGAAGAAGAGAGCAAGUGAAAGAGCAAGGGUGUCUAUUUACUUGCUAUGACAGAUGGUCAUAAAAUGCUAAAAGAAAAUAUAUUUUAAAAAACGGUGCUACUUUAUGAGGAUCAAUGGGUUGACUUGGCCAAAGGACAACAUCAAACAGUGUCACCCAGAUUGGAAAACAAACAAAAGGGUACAGAACUAGUCAAAGGUUUGGAGACACCUACUCAUUCAAGGGUUUUUCUUUAUUUUUUACUAUUGUCUACAUG